AGAUAUUCGUGAUUGCGCUUCGUACUUUUUCCCUCUCAAGGACAACAACACGUCUCUCUACUUGAACGAGCCCGUUGUAUUUUCUCUUCUGUUUGAUCUUUGAAGAAGGUACGCAAGGUCGUGCAGACCGGAUCUCCUUUUCCAGCCGCUUUGCCCGUUCUGCUCCUCCAUUGCCCUCUCCCAUCUAUAUCCCGUACGAAACGAGUCCAAAGGAAACCCAUCUGCCUGCAGGACCCUCCCCCUCCCCCCUUUUUAAUAUAUAUGUCGUCUUUCCUGAAUUCAUCUGGGGACACGACAUUCUCCAUGGCACCCUCAGGCGGAAACAGUGAUCGCCCACCCGAUGGUGGCACCCAUGUGCAGACGGAUCACUCUUUGGAUCCUCACACCUCUAUAGAAGACUACAGCCGCAUCAUGCUGGAGUACACCCAACGCCGUAUGGUCGACUUUGCCGAUGUCGACGACGACAAGGGAUACGCCACGAGCCGCAGCAGCCGCAGCAGUAACACCAGCGGCAAGAGUGGUGUGUCGACUAGUGGGUUGCUUGCUCGUCAAGCUCAGGGGUUUGGUCCAUUGACAAAGAUCGGCAAUAAUAGCAGCGAUGAGGUCCAAGGCAAGGAUUUCGCGACUUCGAGAGACGCCAAAUCCUCGGUAUAGUUGGCCGUGCUUCUGCCAUUCUACCGCACGGGGGAAGAACGAGAAAUCAAGAAUCGGGUUAUGUUUUCUGUUUUUGUUUUUUUUUUCGAAUCACACACGCACACCAGUUUGUUACUGCUUGUUGCCUUUGCUGUCGGUUCUUAGAAACAAAACCUACACGAUAUCUCUCUUUUAACAGUCUGAACUUUGGAGUCUACAUGGUG